AUGUGUGUUGUAUUAAACCGCAAUGAUGUUAAAGAUCUACAUGAAAUACUGGAUUCACGUUACAACAAAAUUAUACGGAAUCCAAAAAUGACAAAUAUCAUGUUGAAACAAAUCACAACAUUUAGAUGGCUAUCUUAUGUUGCAAUAUUUUUCGUUGUUGUUGCUUGCAUGUCUUACAUAAUAAUACCCAUAAUAUUCAUUAUUUCCCAAUUGAUACGUGGAUCUGAACAUAUUAAAUAUCCAUUACCAUUUCCUUCGAUCUAUAACUGGAAUAUUCCGCCAAAUGGUUUUCGUUAUCGAUUGCAUUUUUUGACUGAAUCUAUGACGAUUUUAAGUAUUAUUUGUAUUACUAUUGGUGUUGAUAAUCUUUAUUCACUCCAUGUUUUUCAAAUGAUUGGAUUUUUACGUGAAAUAUCAUACCGUUUAACGCAUGCAGAUGACAAUCGGGAUAAAGAAGACUCAAGUGACUUAAUAGUACGUGAAUGCGUUUAUCAAUACGAAACAUUAAUUAAAUGUUGUAGAAAGCUCCAAAGAAUUUAUGGUCCAAUUAUACUCUGGACAAUGGGAACUAAUGCUGUAAUAUUAUGCGCAGUUACUUUUCAACUUAGUCAAAUGAGCUCAAUAUCUGUAGGGAGGAUAAUUUUAUUUACAGCGUAUGCAGGUGUUAAAUUGGUUCAAGUAUUCAUCUACGCAUGGGCGGGAUCACGUUUAACUGCUGAAAGUGAAGAUUGCAGAGCAGCUAUUUACGCUGCUAAUUGGGUCGGAAAAAAACGUUAUAUGCGUUCAAUUAUUAUUAUGCUGUCGCAAAAACCACUAAUCUUGACGGCUUGUAACUAUUCAAUAGUUUCAGUUGAAAUGUUUGGAUCGGUUUUGAAUACUACAGCAUCAUAUUUUUUAUUGUUAAACACUUUUGAGCAAGAGUCAUAA